GCGCUUCCCUUUCUGGUCCCUCCUUCUUCCUUCCCUACCUGGCCGCGGCCACGUCAGGGGCUCCUGCUGCCGCCGCCGCCGCUUCUGCUGCCUCUCUCUCUCUCUCUCUCUCCCUCCCUCCCUCUCGCCCGAUCGCUCGAUCCCUGCUCUGGGACCCCCCCCCUACCCCGGAGGAACCAUGAUCUCCUCCCGAGGGGGCGCCAUGCCGCCGCCCCCCAACGCCACCGCCUACUACCCGCCGCCGCGCAUCACCCUGCCCUCCGGCUUGGAGAUCCUGCGCACCUACUCGGGGGCCUUCAUCUGCCUGGAGAUCGUAAGUGGGGGAGCGCGGGUGGGACGAGAGGCUAUCGGGGCGGCAGCAACAAGUGGGAGGCAGAAAGAAAGCACUCCGGGAUCUCUCUGCCAUGAUUGUGCCGAGGGGUUUUUAUGCAGUUGUGUUGCCUCGCUGGGCGCUAAAAAAACAACCACCACCACCAGUUGCAGUUUUUAACAUUGGUUGAAAAAUAUAGGUUUCCCAUGCAUGUUUUUUCUCUUCCUAGCACUUCCCUAGCAAAAAUCCACCAGGUGACAUGUCUGUCCCACACCUGCCCCUCUUCGCCUCUCAAACCAGGGCACAUAGUUUGCUGGAAUUCAGCAAGAUGGAUCCCCACCUUGAGUUCUUCCAUGGAAGAAAGGUGGAAUACGUGUGUGUGUUUUAGUGUGUGUGUGUGAGAGAGAGAGAGAGAGAGAGAGAGAGAGAGAAAUAUCUAAACUGACACCAGGGUGAAAGGUGUACCUGUUCGAUUGCCGCUUACCAAACACAGCUGUUAGUCAUGAGAUUCCCUAACCACUUCUUAGAAUUGUGUUUAUCUAUUCCCUCAAAUCUUUCCUAGCUACAGCUUUUCACAUUUCCUCCUUGAUUUGGAUUUUUAAAAAAAUUAUAUAGUCUUCAAUCAAUGUUCCAUGUUUACUUGGUCUUUGAAAUGAUAGCUGCAUUAGGGCCAGUUAUGGGUUUAAAUCAUGCGACAUGGCUUCAUUCCUGGAGCCCCCUUAAUUGCUCACUUAAUACUUAUUUCUCUUCCCAACCCUACACGUCUUGCUUGGACCCAUGCCAUCUUAGUUAAAAGCUUCCUGUCUUGCCUGUAUAAGCCCCACGCUGAAUAGCAGCAGCUUCCCGGGGUCUCAAAGUAAAAGUCAGAGAUCUUUUAACCAGGAGCCAAGACCUUAACCUCUGACAUUAUGCAUGCAUCCAAAGCUCUGCUUCUGAGCUAUGGCCCUUCCCCACAAAUCUCCCCCUUCCCCACCCCCAUCCAGCCUUCCCAAGGUGACCAGAUGCAAAAGAGACAGGGCACUCCACAGAAGAGGAAAUUUCAGCAGGUGUCGCAUCCCUCCACCGCAACGCUCUCAUCCUGACCAGUUCAUACACCCGUUCCAUUCAAGGUUAACCGGCUUGUUGCCAAAGCAGCCGCAGAAUGUGUGGUGACAGCCAGUCUUGGGUGUGGCUCAUCGCAACUACAGAUUGCAACCUUCUUGUACCAUGGAUAGCGAACUCUGCCUGCCCAAAUGUGGUUGGACUUAGCCCUAGCCAGGAUAGCUAGUGGCUGAGGACGAUGGAAAUCCACAGGUGGUCCACAGGUUCUCCAGACCUCUUCUGUGCUAUCAUAGACACUGCUAAGCCAGGUUUAGUUUCAGAGUUCCCCUGGCACGGCUCCUGUAAUGGCAUGCAAAAAAUCAAGAGUGGCAUUUCCCGCAGCAACGAGAAAAUUUUCUUCCUUCUAUGCAGCUGUUAAAAUCCAUAGGAGCCCAGCCAAAAAACCGGGUUGGCAACCUUGUUUAUUUUCUUAUUCUCACCUGUGUGGAUGUACCCAGUUUUCUACACCUUCCUCAGACACACCCACAUUACAGGAACACCUCUCCCUACUAUUCUCACCUGCUCUCAUUAUUUCUCGGGAUCAUGCAUGCGCCUUCCUGAACUUCAUUCUUCCUCAUGCGCUCAGCUCCACAAUGCUUCCACUCCCUGUUACCCACAUCCCUGGACCUGCUAAAGACAAACACUGCCCCCCCCAAAGGAGUUUAAUGGUAGCCCAUGAAGGCGCUUUAAAUCCAGAAUGUGAUUCACAAAAUGGACAUCAUAUACCAUUUGCCUAACAAGCCAAACUGGAAAUCCAGUCACAGGCUUCCCUCUCUUAAAACCUGCCAUUUAAUUGUAGGGUAGAUUCAUUGAACUCUCUCCCACCGCUGCUCAUACACAAAUAAUUUCAGUAAUGGAUUUCAAUCUGUUCUCUCCCUUCUCUUUAAAAUUCAUGUUUCCUGUACAAGUUUGCAUGCUAAUUGUUUGCUGUAGGAAUUAAAAAAACAUUAAAACGCUUGCUGGUUCACAAGUAAAUAAAGUACAUCUAGACUAUACUGAAGCGAUCCAUACGCUGUUUGUGUGGACGGUUGUCUCUUGCACUCCAGAUUUGUAACUCCUUAGAGACAGGGAGCAAUUGUGAAAUCAAUUGACUUUUGUGUUGCUCUCUCUUGGUAGAGAUGCAGGGAUAUGGAGCAAGAUUGCCUGCUUGAAAUCCAAAGCUGCAAAUUCCUAUGCAAAUAACCUGGGUGUAAGCCCCAUUGAAUGCGCUGGGACCUACUCCCAAGUAAACAUGCAUAGGAUUAUCUUGUAUGUGCCUAGAGUUUUCCAGAAUAAGCAAGUGAUUAAGAGCAGAACAGUGUUUCCCUCUUUGAGAUCGAAAGUAAAUUCCCUCCUUGUUUGCUUAGUAGGGUCAUAAAUAUUUAGCGACUGGGAAGCGAACACCUUGCAGAGCCCAAGUUAGACAGAAGGCGUAAAACAGGAGCACAGGAUCAUGCAGAUAGGUGGCGGAGUUAGUGAAUUGUCCAAGCAAGAUCAUGGACUACUGCAGUGUAGAGAACCCUUGGCCCUCCAGGCAGUGCUGAACUACAACUCCCAACAGCUCUUGACAGCAUUGACCAGGGAUGAUGGGAGUUGUUCAGCAACAGCCAGAGAGCCAAAGGUUCCCCCGCACCUGGUCAUAGAGCCAUGGAAUUGAAAUGGUUCUCAAAAACCAUCUACUUCCACCCCCUGCUCAACACAAGAAAAACAGAUCUGGGGCAUCCCUGACUGAUGGCUUGAAGACCUAUAGUGAGGUACAGCCCACCAGCUUCCUAAAUAAUUGGGAAGCUGCUCUUACCAUUAAGAAGUUUAUUACAAGGCCUAACAAACCCAGGACAGUUCUGACAUACAGCAAGUAUGGACAGAAGGAGCACACAGUUUGGCUGAAAUUAAACAGGUGCGGUUAGUACCUGAAUGGGAGACUGUCUGAGAGCCCUGCGAAUGUCUCCUUGAGCUCCCUGGAGGAAUAGAGAGAUAGAAGUAUGUAAUACAACGGGUUUGCGCUUAAUUUCUGCCUGCAAAAGUGUUCUUGGUGGAAAUGGUUCACCAAAAUGCCCUACCUUCUUUGCAGCUGGCGGGUUCCCCCUUCCCUGCUGCUCCUUCAGCUCCGCUCUUUUCUCCAACCAAUCAGCUAUCACACAGCGAGCACGAUGACACCCCAACUCCACGUAGCCCACGAGCGUAUGUCCGUUGCUGAGGCAGCCAAGGCAAGGCUCCCUGGCAGGAUGCAGCGAUUCCUCUCACAGCAUGACAAGGAUCAUUGGUCCAGUUGCCUUGGCAACAGGGACAUUUCUUCUCAUGCACACCCAAGGCACUCCUGCACCCUUUCCUGCCUUCCCUGGAAAAAAAAUCACAGGGGGAAAAGUGUGCUUUUCAAGGUGUGCAGAAGCACUAGCAAAAAAACCGAGCCGUUUCGUUUUGACUUAGUCCUACAAAGUACUCCCUGUUUCCUCUUCCAAGCGUUUGCUUUGCCCUUCGGAAGGGGCUGAGAACGACCACCCUGCAGUCUGUGUCAUUUGAUCCCUGGCCAGGAGAGUACUGGAUCCACCAUAAACCAGAGGAUUAGUGGGUGGGUGGGGAGUGCCAGAGGACCCAUGGCUCCAGGCGUGGAUUUUUGAGGGGGCAAAUCUUGGGCUUAGGUAUCCUGGGCCCAAAUCGUUCAGGGCUCUGUCUAUCAACACAAAAGCCUUGAAGCUGGUGCAUGGCAUGUGCUGCCCACAUCAGUUGUCUGGCUAUUGCUUCCUAUAUUCAGAAUGGAGUGGCAAUGCUCCAGGAAGUGAGGGAAGCCUCACUUCUGGCAAACGGUGACUUUCUGAAGUCCGGGACGACACAUAUUUUGUAAAUACAGUGUGAUUAUUGUGCACAUACGUUUCGGUUUUAAGACCUUCUUUUGUUUUGUGUUUUCCUUUUGUGUUCUCAGCUGUUCGGAGCACUUGUCUGGAUUUUAGUAUCUGCCACCCACGUCCCUCUGCCGCUGCUGCAGGGCUGGGUGAUGUUUGUGUCGGUGACGGCUUGCUUCACCUCCAUCUCCUUCCUCUGCGUUUUCCUCUUCAGUUACAGAGAAAGAAUCGCAAUUGAUUGGAACCGUUUGGUAAGCAUUUAAAAGGCAGCACAUUGUUGUUGUUAUUAAAUAGAAAUCAGUUAAUAGUGUUUUCAGGGGCUGUAACAUUCUCUGGAAAGUUGGACCCAAUUUGCAGAUGCAGUCUCAAGUUUGUUAGCAGGUACAAAACAACAAAGCUAGAAAAAACACAUUUUAUUUAUUUGAUUUCAACCCCACCUUUUGUCCAAGGAACUGAAGGUUCACCCCUCUCUGCAUGGUUCACCCCUCUCUGCAUUUUACGACAUCCCUGUGGGGUAGGCUAGGAUAAGAAGCAGAGAGUGGCCCACGGCCACCCAGUAAGUUUUGAACCUUGUUCUCCCAGGUCCUGGGAUCCCACAGGAGAGAGAGUGGUCUAAACCACUGAGUUUCUUGAGCUUGCCGAUCAGAAGGUCAGCGGUUCAAAUCCCCGUGAUGGGGUGAGCUCCCGUUGCUCUGUCCCAGCUUCUGCCAACCUCGCAGUGUGAAAGCAUGCCAGUGCAAGUAGAUAAAUAGGUACCACUGUGGUGGGAAGGUAAACGGUGUUUCCGUGCGCUAUGGCUUCCGUCAUGGUGUUCCAUUGUGCCAGAAGCGGUUUAGUUAUGCUGACCACAUGACCCAGAAAGCUGUCUGUGGACAAAUGCCAGCUCUCUCGGCCUGAAGCAAGAUGAGCACCAUACCCAAUGGUCACCUUUGACUGGGCUUAACUGUCCAGGGGUCCUUUACCUACCUUUUAGUCCCCCUAGGGCUCUUAACAUUUACAGCUCAAUAUUUUGUAUGUUUUCACUCCCAAGUAAUGGAUGCAUAGCAUUGCAGCAGUAAUGUAUAGGAGCAAUCAGAAUUUACUUAAAAUGUCCCUCCAGUUAAAUCAAAGCAGAUAGAUAUAGACAUAGACUUAGAGGUAUAGACAUAGAUGCUUUCUUUUAUAUAAGUACCUCCCAAAGCCAUGGAUAUUAUUAUUUAAUACUAUUCUAAUGAUUGUUGAAUGUUACUUUUUUAUAUCGGUUACCUAUUUUAAAGUUAUGUUUUAUUAUCACAUUUUUGUAUUGCAUUAGAUUGUUAUAAGAUGUACAUUUUUUCUUUCUUCAGCUUGUAAACCGCCUUGAGUAUUGUAAGAUAGAAAGACAGUAUACAAAUUAAAAAUGAUGAUAAUGAUGAUGAUGAUGGAUGAUAAACUUCAAUUUUUAAGAGAGGUAUCCAUUCUCGUGUGAGAGGGCGGGGGACAUGCCUUUUUUAUUAAAGCCUCUACUGCAACAUUGGAAAGAAGACUCUCCUCCCAUCUUAGAGUGCCUGAUUUCUUCAACAAAUGCGUAAAUUAAUGCUGAAACAAUUUAGUUUAUUAUGAUGCAUGCAAAUAGCUCCAAGGUGACAAUGUGACAGCCACACUUUCCCAUUAGCAUUUUGUAAAUCUCUGCUUUAUUAGGAGGAAAAGUUGUGCAUCUUUCACGACUAAUUAGCAGUUACGCGGGGCAGAACAUUUUCCAUUUCAUAAAUUCAUCAGUAACGAAUAGAUGUCAGUUGCAGAUACAGUGUUUGGCCAGUCUUGGCCGUUUCAAAGCUUUUAGCUUUGUUUACUGAGCACAAGUAAAGUAAACAUGCUACGUUAGAUCGCUUCUAGUAGUCAAACAACGUACGAAGGGCACAACAUUGGCUACCUCUCUUCUAGGUCAUCAGGGGAUGAAACCACCCUUUCAAAGUGAAAAUUUUACAGUGCGAAUUACCAUAUUCCAAUUCAAAAUUUCCUGUAAACUGCACAUCACCGCUGAUUCACAAGUGUGAGUUCAUCACUUAUCACAUCAUGGCUCUUUGCUGAAUGUGUGAACUCUCUCAACUGGGAAAAGUGCAUUUGAAAUGACACUGAGUGGUAUGUCUUCUCCUCCCCGUGGGGAUUGUUCUGUGAUGAUUCAUUCAUACUUAUGCAAGUCAUAACUUGAUGCUGCCAUAAGGGAGUGAUGAACAUACAUGUGUUUGGCUGGCUAGUGGAUGUCCAGGAAGACUUAAAGCAGCCUUCCUGCGUCCUCAGACAUUGUUGGGUUACAACUCCCACCAUCCCAGACCAUUGCCUAUACUGGCUGGGGAUGAUGGGAGUUGUGGUCCAAAAACAUCUGGAGACCCAGUUUUGGGGAAGGCUAUAUUACUAUGGCUGUGAGCAUGAUUGCUUGGGACGCUAAUAUUCUGGGACAAGGGUGGACAGAAAUUAGCUUCUGAUGCAGUUUUAUGUCAUCUGAUCAAGUCCACAAAAGUGUUUUGCUCUUAAGGAAGUCAAACCCUCCUGAUGGGUAGCCAGGGUGAUGUUCUCCAGAUGUUGCAUCCGUAAUGCCCUUCAUCCCUGACCAUGAGCUGGGAGAUGAUGAGAGCUGGAGUCAAGUAACAUGGAGCUUUUCAAGCAGAGGUUGGAUGGUCAUCUAUUAUGGAUGCUUUAGCUGAGAUUCCUCCAUUGCAGGGGGUUGGUCUAAAUCAGUGAUGGCCAAACUUGGCCCUCCACAUCUGUUUUGGGACUACAAUUCCCAUCAUCCCUGACCACUGGUUCUGUUAGCUAGGGAUGAUGGGAGUUGUAGUCCCAAAACAGCUGGAGGGCCAAGUUUGGCCAUCACUGGACAAAAUGAUUCUAGGAGUGCCUUCAGACUCUACAGUUCUACGGUUCUACCAUCUGGAGGGCACAUAGUGUUGCUCUUGAAGUAUUGUGGACACUGGAUUGUCUACAAUGCUGCUCCUGCUCAGAGCAGACCCAGGCAAGUUAUUGAAAGUGACUACUUCAUGGUCAUUCAUUCCAGUGAGUCUACGCAGAGUAGGACUAAUAUGGGCGGCAACCCAGAAACUCUGUGAAGGCUGUGCAAACUAGCAGCUUUCAAGACCGCACUAUGCUACAGGGCCACUGGAGAGAUUGUAAACCUUUCAGACCCAAAUCGAAGCACUUAGAAAUUUUAUCACUCCUGGGAGUGAACAAUUCCAUUAGUUUCAAUGGAAGCAAAUUUCAGCUGGGGAUAGGCUUGUCAACACCUACUCCUCAAUGUUUACGCCAUGCCUGCAGAGAUGGAACCCUUGUGGUUUAUCUGGGUGUUCCUUCGGUGUUGUUGUGGCAUUAUAUUCAUCUCUUUGUCUGUUGUGUGUGCGCAGAGUGGGAGCACUCUGAAAGCACUUUUGAUCUGGAAAGCCACAAACACCUCCAUGUAUGUUUGCAUUCAUCCUUUCCUUGCUUGCACAGCAAACAAGAAAGGCCCAUGGCUUCGCCUGCACAACACACCCCAGUCGGCAGUGCCAUGGAGAAUUGUUUGCUCGUUUGACCUUUGUUUUACACCAGGCGCUUAAUUUGUGUCAGCUAUUGCAGGUCCAGGCCUGCCUGCUGUGUAUCCCACACCAGGGAACCAUUCCUAAAUUACGUCGGGCCUUUGCAUCAAUUUUGCAGCAUAGAGUUAGCCAUAUUGCCAUCUUGCCUUUAAUCCCACACUUUGGGCUCCUCCAUACAACCUGUUUGUUCAGCAUUCAUCCUGAACCGCUUGCACAAAGCUCAUGCACUGGUUAGAGAAGGCCCAGUCUGUAUUCAGCAUUUGUUUUUAUUUGUCUGUGGAGAAGAUAAACAGCAAUGAGCAUUCAUGCUCAUUUGUUUGUUUGGUGGUUAUACAUCUUCCCAUUAAUCCAUUGUUAAUGACAGGAGGACCAUAGCUUGGCGGUAGAGCAUCUUCUUCGCAUGCACAAGACCGUGCGUUCAAUCGCUGGCAUCUCCAGGUGGGGCUGGGCGCACCUUCUCCUACCUGAAACCCUGGAAAACUGCUGCCAGCCAGAGUAAACAAUGCUGAGCUAGAUGGUUUGACUUGAGAUAAGGCCGUUUCCUAUGUUUAUCCCACACUUUAUAGCGCAUAUCCCUGUCAUUUCCCUGUCUGCAAAAGGUCUUAUUUAAAAAAAGCAGCUAAUUUGUUAUCCCAGAAUCCUUUUUAUGCAAACCUACAUUUCCUUUGCAUAAAUUAAAAAAGGACCUACAUUUCUUUUGUAGGGACGCAGGUGGCACUGUGGGUUAAACCACAGAGCCUAGGACUUGCCGAUCAGAAGGUCGGUGGUUCAAAUCCCCGCGACGGGAUGAGCUCCAGUUGCUCGGUCCCUGCUCCUGCCAACCUAGCAGUUCAAAAGCAUGUCAAAGUGCAAGUAGAUAAAUAGGUACCGCUCUGGCGGGAAGGUAAACGGCGUUUCCGUGCGCUGCUCUGGUUCACCAGAAGUGGCUUAGUCAUGCUGGCUACAUGACCCGGAAGCUGUCUGUGGACAAACGUCGGCUCCCUCAGCCUAUAGAGCGAGAUGAGUGCGCAACCCCAGAGUCAUCCGCAACUGGACCUAACGGUCAGGGGUACCUUUACCUUACAUUUCCUUUAGCGUGGCUUCACUGAGGUGGGAGCCAAUCCUGGUGAGGGAGCUGUUCUCUCUGAAGUUUGGAGCUGUCAGUAGAGUCUGUCCUAGUAUGGAGACUCUUCAGUGGUGCAACUGGAAUAAAUAAGGGAAUGGGGCAAAAUGUCUGGCAGUCUGGGGACUCAGCUAUACAGCUGCAAAUAAAACGUUUUAAGUGCAAUAUCCAAUGUUACACUAGGUGGUCAAUGGUGAGCCGUAUGGAAAAAUCAAUGUAUUUUUUAUAAAAUGCACAAAAAAGCAUGUUCAGAAUUUUUUUUGUACGUGUGCAAAUUCCACCUGGGAUUCCUUGUUUCCGUUACAGAGUGGAGGAGGUAGCAGCAGCGGUGGAGGAAGCCGCUCGGGCGCCUGGGGUGGCGCGCCCAGGGGCGGGGCGAGCCGCCCAUAGGGGUGGGGCACACCGCAGGGCCUCCAGAGUCUGCCUGCCUCCUCCCACUCAGUCGCCCUACAGCUGGGGGGGAGGCAGCGGGCGGACUGUUUGGGCAGUGCGGAGCCUGCGUGCCCCCAAGCCACCGUGUCUCUCCCGGGAGAGAUGCGUGGCUCGGGCGUGCUGCAGGUCCCAUGGUGAGUGGCGUCCGCCAUUUGUCACCCCUGGUCACACCUGGGGCGGCCCACACCCGCCACAUACCCCUUCCUCUGCCCCUGAAUAGCAGUUGUGAGGGGCAAGACAGCUGAGUGGCAUAGGGAAGCUAGUGGGUGUGAUCCAGAGGUGUCGAGGGCAACAAGAGAAAGAAGUAGUGGGCUUGCUGGCACGGCUGCCAUUUUAAUUGUCCCACAAUGCAACACCCUUUUGGAAUGGGUAGGUCCUCAUUUUGUCACUUCUGUUCCAGUGGUUUUCUGGUUUUGUCUGUGUCCAAAUAAUGGUGUGGGUUAUUGAAUUUGGACCCCCAAAAUCUUUAAAAAACAAAAACAUGCCUUUCCCUCUGGCAAAGGUUUCCGUCCUUCUACUAGUGACAGAGAACUUUAUUGUACUGCUUGCCAAGGGGCAGAGGAAGUUCUAGGCGGGUAGAGGAAAUGAGAUCAUCUACCUUCUGAAAACACCCACAAAGGCCUGCACACACUGGGCUACUCAUACGGGAUGUAUGUGGUCCCUUCAUCGGCCAGAAGUUUGAGCAAAGGUGUUGCCCAGCAGACAUUUGAAGGCCUAGGAGAUGAAUGGUGGUCCUUAGUCCAUGGUCACUACAAACUGCUUAUUGUGCUGCUUGUUUCCUCAAAGGAUCCUGGUUCCCUUGUGUGUUCCUAAGACAGGAACAGUAAUUGAAUUUCUGUGAAUUGCCUUGUGGCUUCAUCUAUCAUACUCCAGGAGAAUGCCCUUUUAUAUGAUGGACGGCGUGGGUGCCUGUGUGAGGAGGGAAGGCCUUAUAUUCAAAGAGGAUAUUGCAGUGGUUCUCUGUGAGAUUUCACACAGAGGCACAUUAUGUACAUAUUUACACACACACACACACACACACACACACAGCCUGCGUUUCCACUCACUGGAACCACAAAUCUUGCCACACUCUCCUUCCAACUACCUCAAAUGCAGUACACAUCACUUUAUCUCUGUAGGGUUGAACAGCAGCUGUUCACUCAUAUGAGAGAAACUAAAGAAGCAAACCUGAGGAGUUUGCUAAAUGUUAGGAGGAAAUCUGCCAGCCUACACCAUCCCUGAUCUGAUCUUUUCCCUGGUGGGAGGGGAAAGUAUGCGGGACACAUUUGGCAUUUCCCGACAAUAUUGUUUGGUAGCUGCUGCAGGAGUGAGCAACUACCAAAACCCUAAGCACAGCGACAUCUCAUUUUUCCUUUUGCAAAAGGUUGCCAAAGGAACAUUGGCUGACAGCAGUCAACAUCCCCUGUAACACAGGGUUAGGCCCUGAGUUCAUUCCUGUUUUGUUUCUACCAUAUAAAUCAAGGUUGGGAAACUUUGGGUCUGUGGGCCAAAAGUUUGAGUUUGUUUGAAACCUAAACAGCUUAUCUCUUAUUCCUUUGUAAGUGUUUCUAAAAACCGUUUUUGUAAACUCAGGGAAGCGUUUCAGCCCUGCUCUUUAGUUUGCUGAAAAUCAUUUAAAAUCAUUUAAGGUUUACAAUGUUCUCAUAAAUAGGGCUAUGUUUAAAACUUGUCAUUGAGGUUUUUAUACCUUUUUUGUAAACUCAAGGAAGCGUUUCAGCCCUGCUCUUGAGUUUGUUUGAAAUCACUUAAAAUCAUUUCAGGUUAAUAAAAUUCUUUAUUUCCUUCUGAGGAAACUGAUUGGUUCAGUGAAACAAGUUUUGUAGCCGGCAUCUCAUAAAGUCUUUGUUUAAUUCUAGGUUAAUUUUUCCUUAAUUUUUUGUUACUUUUGUUAUUUAAUUCAAUUCUAUAGUUGAUUACGUCUCGUUUCAGGGAUUUUCACAGCAAUUCUUUUGUUUUGUUUUGUGUAAUUUCUUGGUUCCAUGACUGUAUUUUUUUCACCGAAGGUGGCCCUCUAGGCUGCUGUCUCUGGCCCUUAGAAUUCUCCCCAGGCCACAGCCCUCACUGGACCUCCAAGUGUAUUUGCUUGGCUGAGUUGUGUCCUUGAACAUAACAUACCCUCCAAUAUUCUUCUGAUGAAAAUCAGGAAAUGCGUCUUUUCGGUGCUGUGCUUCCAUGCAAGUCAGCAGGCUCAUGCGAGAGCACAGCUCUGAAAGAUCUCCCUGAACUCAGUGGUGGCAGUGCUGGAGAGGGAGAAAUUGGGACAUUCUGCCAUCCAAUCAGAAGCCAGGAUGUCUUCUGUAAUUUCAGUAUUUCCCAGGAAAAUACUGAGGUGUGUGUAUAAUGCCUCUUGUCUCCCUAGAUGGAGCAUACAGAGUGGGGGUGGGUGGGUAGGAAUUAGCCUACUGCAGAAAGGAAAAACCCACGUGUGGUGCCCUGCCUGCUCCAAAAGAGAAAGGCUGUGUGGAGUAGUGGUUAGAGUGUCUAACUAGGACCUGGCAGGCUCAAGUCCUGAAGCUCACUGGGUGACCUUGGGCCAGUCCUUGUCUUUCAGCCUUUCAGAGGUUGUGAGGAUAAAAUCGAGAUGCACGUGCCUCUGCCUUGAGCUCUGUGGAGCAGAGGUGGGGUAUAAAUUUAAUAACAAAUAUUAAUCCUGCUUUUAUUUUAUUGUUCCGCUCAAACCGACUCUUUAUUUUUAUUUUUGUUCCUUUUCAGGAUUUCAUUUACCACGCAGGUGUCUUUGUCUGCUAUUUUGGGACCUUUCUACUGCAAGCGGCAACCACCUCUUUGCAUUCUCACCCGGUGAAGUACACCGUCAAUUUCGACACCACCAGGAACGUCAGUACCACUAGCUUUGAGACGCUUCUAAGUGAACACGAAUACAACUUGAGCAUCGCAGCUGCCGUAAGUAUUAUAAAGGCACAUCCUUAAAGGGAGAGGGGACAAGUUUCUCCCUCCUCUUCUCUCUCCUUUGGACCUGUCUUCCUCUCCUGACCAUGAGAGGGCUCUGAUGGGAUACAGUGGUACCUCGGGUUAAGAACUUAAUUUGUUCCAGAGGUCCGUUCUUAACCUGAAACUGUUCUUCACUUGAAGCACCACUUUAGCUAACGGGGCCUCCCGCUGCCGCCGCACCGCAAUUUCUGUUCUCAUCCUGAAUCAAAGUUCUUAACCCAAGGUGCUAUUUCUGGGUUAGCAGAGUCUGUAACCUGAAGCGUCUGUAACCCGAGGUACCACUGUACUGCAAUGCCUUGAGGGCUUACCCAGACUUCCUUUUGUGUUGUGUUCCUAGACAGUGGUCCACGCUUUAAAGCUCUGUGUCCGAGCAGUUACUUCUUUGUCCUGGAGGUUUCCCUGGGGAGGCCCACAUUUAAUCUUUUUCAGGCCAGAAUAAUAAUAAUAAUAAUAAUAAUAAUAAUAAUAAUAAUUUUUAUUUAUAUCCCACCCUCCCCAGCCAAAGCCGGGCUUAGAGCGGCUAACAUCAUGCAAGUAAGGCAAUGCAUAAAAACAAGCGAUCAAUAAAUUAAGAUACAUCCCACAAUUAAUUCAAACAAAUUAAAAUUAAAACUGGACAAGUGGCAAUCUUCAGGUUAAAACUGAAGGCGGUUACCAACUGUUUUCCACUGAUAUUAUAAGCACCUGUGAGCGGGCUGGGAACCUCCUUCGUGCUUGUUCUUAUACAAGGAGAAAAUGAGUCAGACUGAACCCUGACUAAAGGCCCGGCAGGCCCUGUGGAAAGAUGUCAAAUCCCGCAGGGCCCUAGUCUCUUGUGAGAGAGUGUUCCACCAGGCCAGGGCCACAGCCAAAAAGGCCCUGGCUCUGGUCGAGGCCAGUCUGUUCUCUCUGGGGCCCGGAAUCUUUAGGAUGUUGUUAUUUGCAGACCAUAAGGUCCUCCAUGGGGCAUACCAGGAGAGGUGGUCCCGUAGGUACGAGGGUCCUAGGCUGUAUAGGGCUUUAAAGGUUAAAACCAGCACCUUCAACCUGAUCCUGUACUCCACUGGGAGUACCCUACCCAAGCUUUGCCCACUUUAAGUAGAGAGCCUCCAGUAUACCUGAAGGAGCGUCUCCACCUCCAUCAUUCUGCCUGGACACUGAGGUCCAGCGCUGAGGGCCUUCUGGCGGUUCCCUCACUGCGAGAAGCCAAGUUACAGGGAACCAGGCAGAGGGGCUUCUCGGUAGUGGCACCCACCCUGUGGAAUGCCCUCCCCCCCCCAGAUGUCAAAGAGAAAAAUAACUAACAAACUUUUAGAAGACAUCUGAAGGCAGCCCUGUUUAGGGAAGCUUUUAAUGUUUAAUAGGUUAUUGUAUUUUAGUGUUUUGUUGGAAGCCGCCCAGAGUGGCUGGGGAAACCCAGCUAGACAGGUGGGGUAUAAAUAAUAAAUUAUUAUUAUUAUUAUUAUUAUUAUUAUUAUUAUUAUUAUUAUUGGAAAGCGCUCUUGAGCAUCGCCUGCUGAGAAGGCAUCAGGGAGUUUGAGGUGCUCAGUGUGCAAGGGGCAGCUUUCUCAGGGAAGAACAACUUAUUGGUUGGUGUCUCUGGUGGUUUGCAGGUGGGGGGAGGCUGCCAGGGCGAUUUCCCAGGUGCAUUUGGGGGGGGGGCGUGCUGCUCACACCCCUGUUCCCGAGCCAGCCCUGUUCUACCUUGUGAGGCUGGAAUCUGAUCAAAGCAGGGCUGGCUCAGGGAGGGCGGAGCGAAAAGGACGCAACAGCCUUGCGCCCUUCGAUCCCAGCUCCUCGGUGGCGAAGCCACAUGCAAGGGGCGCAUGGCAUUCUUUUCAGGCCGCCCUCUCCAAGCCGCUUUCCAAAGCUUCACAAAGUGGCACAGUCCUGGUGUCGCUCUGGCGGUGAGAGCUGGUAUGUCAUGCAACGGGUUCCUUCUGCUUUGCGUCCCCCUCCCUGGGCACACACAUGCGCUUUAGGCGCAGUUAAAGCACGCUCCGCCACUGGUAGUUUGAAGGCCUCGGGUUGGAGGGGUUGCAGCUGAAGCCUGGAGUCCAGACCUAAACCUGGGUUCAACCCCUCCAUGGCUUGCACUGCUGGUUUUCCUGAUGCAGCUGGUUCUUUCUGCUCUCUGUCAGAAUCUUAGUUGCUGUAUAGCAGGCAUUUCCAACAGGUAGAUAAUCUACUGGUAGAUCACGGGGGUGUCCCAGGUCAAUCGCCACCCCCCAGGUCGAUCUCCCUCCCCCCCAAAAAAGUUCAACAACUUUUGCUUCCUAAAACAACCUUGGUAAAGGUAAAGGGUAAAGAGAGCCCUGACCAUUAGGUCCAGUCGUGGCCUACUCUGGGGUUGCGGCGCUCAUCUCACUUUAUUGGCCGAGGGAGCCGGCGUACAGCUUCUGGGUCAUGUGGCCAGCAUGACUAAGCCACUUCUGGCGAACCAGAGCAGCACACAGAAACGCCGUUUACCUUCCCGCCAGAGCGGUACCUAUUUAUCUACUUGCACUUUGACGUACUUUUGAACUGCUAGGUGGGGCAGGAGCAGGGACCAAGCAACGGGAGCUCACCGCAUCAUGGGGAUUCGAACCACGACCUUCUGGUCGGCAAGUCCUAGGCUCAGCAAUGGGUAGAUCACUGCCAGUUUUUUUUUAAUAGUGGGCGUCCCUGCUGUAUAGUGUCAGGAUUAUGACACUUCCUUGUUUGGGAAGCCUUGACUAGUGAUGACCAGGCUUUUUUUUGGCAAGUGUCAGUGCUAUGGAUGAGAGGGAGGGAGGGAAAGAGAAAGAGAGAGAACACCACACCCUGGUGGUUUUGCCUGUGGUUUUCGAAGCUGCAAAACAGGUUAACAGAGCAAGAGUGAGUAGGAAAUCCAUAAUGUGGAGCUGAAUUGAUGCUGAGCUGACCCCAUGGGUCAAGCUACUGCUCUUCACUACUGCUGCCUGUGCCACUUUUGCAGUGCUUAAAUUGGGGGCAGGGCAGGGAGAGGAGCUGUGCCCCCUUAGGAGUUGCGACUGACCCUCUUGGCUACAUAGGAAGCUGCCUUAUUUUGGCUCAUAGUCUUUGCCCAUCAAGCCCAGUGCAGCUUGCUCGGACAGGCAGCAACCCUCCAGCAUCUAUCCCACCGCUUCCUAUAACCCGACCCCUUUAACAGGAAGUGCCAGCUAUUAAACCUGCGACCUUCUCUGAGGAAAGUAUGUGUUUCUCCACUGAGCCACACUCCUUCCCCUGAGAGGCUGUGGGAAGGGCUGGAGCAUUUCUCUAAUGUCCAGCCAGGCUUCUUGGGCCCCCUUCCCCAUUAAUGCUUGACACAUGGGCCAUUUCUGGUGAUGUCCGGCUAUCCAAACACUGACAAAUGACUAUCCAUGGUUCUCCUCCUGUUCUUCAUCUGUUUCUUCAAAGGGUCCUCUUGAGCUUUCUCCCUCCCAUUAUGGCUUUUAUAGGACUCCAGUCCUCAAUCCACCCGUAAGGUGGACCCCUGGGGACACACAGUGCAGAUUAAUAAUCAUUUCUCCUCUCCAGGAAACCCUGAAAGCUGUAAGUCAGGGGCAGCCAACAUGGCAUCCUUCAGAUUCUGUUGGACUACAACUCCCAUCAUCCCUUGCCAUUGGGACUUCCCACAACAUCUGAAAUCCCACAGCAUCUGAAAUGUGCUGUGUAGAGUACUCCUGUUGCAAUGUUUCUGAGAAUGACAUACUAGAGAAUACUAAUAUUUCACCAGACUACAACACCCAAGAUUCUUUGGAGGGAUCCAUGACUAGUUAAACCUGUCUAAAAUGUAUGUUGUUGUUGUUUAGUCAUUUAGUUGUGUCCGACUCUUCGUGACCGGAGCACGCCAGGCACUCCUGUCUUCCACUGCCUCCCAUAGUUUGGUCAAACUCAUGCUGGUAGCUUCAAGAACACUGUCCAACCACCUCUCCCUUUGUCAUCCCCUUCUCCUUGUGCCCUCCAUCUUUCCCAACAUCAGGGUCUUUUCCAGAGAGUCUUCUCUUCUCAUGAGGUGGCCAAAGUAAGGCUAAAUCCUCAAUGUCUGCUUGGACACCCACUUGAGUCACUGCCCUGGUUCCUUGUGACCCAAAAGGGGCGAAUAUCAUGCGCAAUCAGGGAUUAGUUAUCUUUUUAUAAGAACAAAACCUGGGUUGCAUUGCUAAGCAUGCUUACGUAAGGAUACACUUUGAACUUGGUGGGGCUGGUGCUCAGAUAGAUCUGCUUUAUUACCAAGGCAUUAGGGAGACAUCAAAGCCAUUAAGCAAUCUAUGGAGCACAGUCCCAACGUUAGAAAGAAACCUGGAUUACGUUUUCCCUUUAACCCUUGGAGAGGUUUCAGGUUGAGAAUUAAUGCCAAACUUAUAUAACCAAAGUUGAUCUCAUCCACAUUAUUUUAGGGUGACUCACCUUAAUGGCGUUGAUGAAUAGGUAGAUCAAAGAACAUGUUAUUCAGGGAAUCUCCCAGCAAAAUUUCUCUCUCUCAUUCUCUCUCUCUCUCUCUCUCACACACACACACACACACACUUUUCCUUUGUGAAACCUGAGGAAUACUUUACUAUCCCACCGACCCAACAGGAGCAGUUUUGCAGGUCUUUAAAAAUGUGUUGCUCUUCGCAUUAUUUUCUUUUAAAGUGAUGAUGUUUUAAGUGCCCUUUUAAGUGAGGGGAAAUGGGAGGUUGGGGUUGGAAGAGAGCAGGCUCCUGCCUAAAGCUUGGAGGUGGGCCACUGGCGGAGGAAGAGGAGUGAGGGGGGAGUGCACCACCCCCGGCAGCAUGAUCCUGGUAGGGUGCCAUUGUGGCUGCCUGCCCCCACGCUGGGCAGCACGCCCCGCCCCCAGGACGCGCGCCAGCCCUGCCCCCACCUGCUCUCUGCCCCCCAGUGCCGGAGCAUGAAGCUCUGCCACUGAGGUGGGCAAGCCACUGUGGUCAAUGUUGGGGUCACUAAUAGUAAUAAUAAUAAUAAUAAUAAUAAUAAUAAUAAUUUAUUUAUUUAUACACCACCCUCCCCUGCCAGAGCUGGGCUCAGGGCGGCUAACACCAAUAAAAUUACAAUAAAACCUAAUGGGGGGGGGAACAGUUUAUUAAAAUACAGUGGUACCUCGGGUUAAGAACUUAAUUCGUUCUGGAGGUCCGUUCUUAACCUGAAACUGUUCUUAACCUGAGGUACCACUUUAGCUAAUGGGGCCUCCUGCUGCCUUCGUGCGAUUUCUGUUCUCAUCCUGAAGCAAAGUUCUUAAACUGAGGUACUAUUUCUGGGUUAGCGGAGUCUGUAAACUGAAGCGUAUGUAACCCGAGGUACCACUGUACGGGUUAAAAUACAAUUUAAAAUGCAGCCUCAUUUUAAUAGUAGCCCAUAGGCGUAUUUGUUGAAGGACCGACUCAUUCAAUGGCUGCUAACCAUGAUGUUUUCCCUCCCCUGUCGGAGGCAGUAUAGCUCUAAAUACCAGUUGGUGGGCAUCACAGGUGGAAAGAGUGCUGAUCUGCUCAGAUUCUGCUUGUGGGGUUCCUAUGAGCAUCCAACAGGAUGCUGGACUAAAUGGGUCCUCGCCUGAUCCAGCAGGAACUGCUCUUUGUGUUCGUAUGUAUUCAUUUAUAGGGAGAACCCAGACUUGCAGGCCAAAAAAAAACCACAGUGAGUCCUGCCAAAUAGUAUUUCUGCAUCACUCCACUUUCUGUUUAAAACAUCUUUUUUCUCCAAGGAGAACGUGGUUCACCCCCUUCCCCUCCUUAGUUAAUCCCUACAAUGACCCUGUGAGGUAGGUUAAGAGGUUGUGACUGACUCCAGUGAGCUUCAUAACCGAAUUGGUGAUUUGAACCUGGAUCUCCCAGGUCUUAGUCCAACACUCUAAUGCAGGUGUCGGCAAGGUUUACCUCGCCUGGGCCGGUUCACUCCAGCAGAGAUCCCUCCAUGGGCUGAAAUGCAUUCGCGGCCGCAAUUUCCGGCAUCUGCAUCUGCCCAGACACGAUUUCCAGAUGCGAUUUUCAGCAUCUGAGCAUGCGCAGACGCAAUUUGCGGCACUGCAGAAGUGAGUCCUCGCGCCGCGCUGCACCGGUUUAGCGCAGCGCACGGGGACUCACCAAGUGGGCGACUUGGUUCAGGGGUGGCUCGUGGGCCAGUUAAACGACCUCCGUGGGCCACUUGUGGCCCAUGGGCCUUAGGUUGCCUACCCCUGCUCUAAUGACUGCAUCACACUGGCUUCCUAAAGAACUUAUGCUAUGAGGCAGCUGUAUAAAUUAAGCAGGCAACUAAAUAUGGGGAAAGGGAAAAGUCAGUUAGAGAAGGACCUGAAAUAUUUCUCUUGUAGCUGGAAUUUGUUUUGUUCUCGAUUGUUUUAUUUGAUGUUUUAAUGUGUUGUAAACCGCUUUGAGGUUUUUUUUCUUUAAAAUAUCAAGUGGCAUAGAAAUGAAACGAAUAAUAAUAAUAAUAAUACAGUCGUACCUUGGAAGUCAAGCGGAAUCCAUUCCGGAAGUCCGUUCCGACUUCCAAAACGUUCGGAAACCAAAGCACAGCUUCUGAUUGGCUGCAGGAAGCUCCUGCAGCCAAUCGGAAGCCGCAGAAGCCAAGUCAGACAUUCGGCUUCCAAAAAUAGUUCAAAAACCGGAACACUCACUUCCGGAAAGCCAAUUUGCUUGGGAGCCAAGGCAUUUGAGAUCCAAUGUACGACUGUAAUAAUAAUAAAUCUCACUGCAAAAAAGGUGCCUAGGCAUUCCGUUGUGGCAAGCAUAACAUCGAUUUAAGGAGCCAUGUGAUGAUUAGCUCAUAUAUCUGAGUUUCUGAUUGGGAGGGAAGAGGGAUUUGAAAUCUAGUGGAACAGCCAAUUUUCUACAGGAAAACUCACCUGGCGCUUUCUUCCUCCCUCUGCAGAUCUUUGCCUUUGCAACAACUGUGUGUUAUGGCUGCAGCACUACCCUGGCUCUACGAAGAUGGAAGCUAUAGCACUAGAAGCGACAAGGCAGCUAAAGGGCAUCCCGUCUCGUUUGCGUACUUGUUCCGAUGAUCAAAUGAUGUACUACUUGUGGAGUUGCAAGGAUGCUUGGAACACAUUUAUAUUUUUCUAAGAUGUUGACACACACAAACAUACACAAGAAGUCUAUGUCAUAAUUAUAUAUGUGUGUAUAUAAUAUAUAUAUAUAAUAUAUAUUUGGACAAGGGUGGGGGGAAACUUGCUUGUUUAUUUCUCCAGUUUUCAGUUGCUUAUGUUAACUGAUUUCCCGGGAGCGUUACCCUCUGCUGCAGAUAGUAUUAUAAAGCUGAGUGAUGGAAUAGGGUUAUCGUCGGCAGACAACUGCGUACUUUUUUUUUUGGUGCUAAACAUCUGCUUGCAAGAAAAGCAAACAUCUCUGCAGACGGGCUGUGUCUCUCGCACACACGCAAACACAGGGAGGCAGCUAUGAAACGAUAACCCGCUGAGCAUCCGCCUGAAAGCUAAGUGUGUUCACAGGCCUGCCAACAUCAGCAGCUAAACACAACCUCCAUUUAUUUCAGUGCGGCAUCCUUUGGCAACCUGGUUCCCUCCAGAUGUUGUUUUGGUCCAGCUCCUAUUAAUUGUCAUUCCACAACAUCUGUAGGUUGGCAAAAGGUGCAGUGGGGACUGUGCUGGACUAGGGCUACCAACUCCCUGGGUUUGUCCCCGAGUUGGGUUUUGCAGUCAAUUCUCGAGGCCAUUGGAUAGUGUCAAACUGCUGCCUUUGAAUCUUGAGUCUAGGAGGUUUUCAGUAGUAUUCCUCUAAAACAGUAUAAAAGUAGCUCACCAUUCUGAAAGAGAAAAGGUGUAAACUUUUCUAUCAAUGUUUCCCCAGAUUUCCAGUUUCUCCAGUGGGAAAACCAGGGAGGAAAUUUAUCCAACCCCAUAUUAAUUUCCCCCUGUUUCCCUUGAUCUUCACAUCUGUAAGUGCCACCACUCUGAGCCCCUUUUAGCUCUCUUUUCAUGAACUGGCAGCUCCAUUCUGAGGCGUUGGGAUUCCAGAGAUCUGUCCAACGCCAUGUGGGAUUUCCGUGGAAGUCUCUUGAAAUCAUUUAACAAUUUCUCAGGAGCCAUGCUAGGUGGGUUCUCCUAAUGCUCUUGAACUGAUAUCUAUGCAGGCAGUAAAUGUAAUAUUUUUUCAGAAAGUUGAUUCCCCCCUCCCUUUUUUUUUUACUUUAAAAAGAAAGUAAUUUAUGGAAAGGUGGGUGGGUGGGGGAGUCUUUUAAUAUUCAUUAAGUCCUUAUAUAAGGAUCUAGUUUUAGUUUUUAAACUGUACCUUUCACCUGUAAUCUUCAAGGCAUUUUAGAUAAAAAAUUUCUUGCCUAAGAGGAAAGAGUUAGGUAAGCAACAUACUCAAAGUUUUAACAUUAGCAGAGAAUGAAAGUGUACUUUAAAAAAAAAGGCAAGCCAGGAAUAUUAAUUGGUUGGAUUUGAAAUCAUGACAACUAGCUAAUUCAAUAACCAUAUAGAUCUCAAAAGUCGGGCUCUUUCUAUCUGGUAUUUGUUGGGCUGAUAAUAUUAAUAUUUUUUACAGCUCUGAAUUUAAAUUGUAUAUCAAAAUUCCUUUUUGAAACAAUUUGUGUUUCUUCAAGGGAAAUAGUUAUAUUCAGUUUUAAAUACAUACCUGUACUGAUUAGCACUGUAGUUCAUAUGAUCCACGCACAAAACAGGCAUAUUGUUUCAACUGUGUGUGGGCUGUAUAAACUUGGAUUUUAUUUCUUACUUCUCCUGGUCCUGCGUGUCUUACUGCAACAAUAUGGAGUCCCUUUCCAACUUUUGGAGGCAAGAUCUGGAAAGUGCCAAUGUCUAAACUCAUAUUAUCUAAUUUAUAAUGUGGACUCCCGCACUUAUCAGAAACGGCUUUAGAUUUUGAAAGCCAAUAGCUUCUUGCAUUGACAAAUUUUGUUUCAGCAUCAUGUAUUUAUAUUGCAGAGCACCUCUAAAGCAUUGUUCUCAGUGUGGGCAAAAAUGUAUAUUUGUGGUCAACUGUUGUGCAGAUUUCUUCCUUGAAUAUAAAUGUUUGCACUAUUUCACCUGGAUGGGCAAGUUCUUAACCCAUUUAUGCUUUCUGUAAGUGUGGCAUUUACGCUUUAUUCUAAUGAAAGUUUCUUAAAGAUCAUGUGAAUGGAACUGAGCCCAGAUCUCCAGUUUGACUUCUUUGCAUUGCCUCAUUUUGUUGUGCUGCAAGACACCACGAACCAAAGGAAGGCAUCGCCACUGCCUGAAACCAAUGUUGAAAUGGGAAAAUGCAGCCUACACAGGCAAUUGGUAGAGGAUUAGGGGCUCUGGAUAGGAAACAGGCUGGAUCCAGUCUAGGCAUGGCAGCCUAGACAAGAUAAAGGUAGUAAUUGGGUUUGGAGUGCAAUUUUGAGAGGAAGCGGCAGAGUCCUAUUGACUGGAGCAGGGACCUAAGCAAUAAACAGCUUCACAAGUCAAGGGAAGGGCUGUGGCUCAGUGCUAGAGCAUCUGCUUUGCAUGCAGAAGGUCCCAAGUUCAAUCCCCGAUAUCUCCAUGUAUGGCUGGGAGAGACCCCCAACUGAAAUCUUGGGAGAGCUGCUGCCAGCCAGUGUAGAAAAUACUGAGUUAGAUGGACCACUGCUCUGACUCAGGGGACGCGGGUGGCGGUGUGGUAUAAACCACUGAGCCUCUGGGGCUAGCUGAUCAGAAGGUCGGUGGUUCGAAUCCCUGCGAUGGGUUGAGCUCCUGUUCCUCUGUCCUAGCUCCUGCCAACCUAGCAGUUCGAAAGCACACCAGUGCAAGCAGAUAAAUAGGUACCACUGCGGCGGGAAGGUAAACAGUGUCUCCGUGCGCUCUGGCACUCGUCACAGUCUUCUGUGCGCCAGAAGCGGUUUAGUCAUGCUGGCAACAUGACCCGGAAAGCUGUCUGUGGACAAACGCCGGCUCCCUCGGCCUGAAAGCGAGAUGAGCGCCACAACCCCAUAGUUGCCUUUGACUGGACUUAACUGUCCAGGGGUCCUUUACCUUUUUUUUUUGCUCUGACUCAGUAUAAGGCAGCUUCAUAUGUUUCACAAAGAAAGGGUACCGGAAAGGAGACGAAGAGAUCCAAAUGUACAGUGGUACCUCUGGUUGCGAACGGGAUCUGUUCCGGAACCCCGUUCGCAACAUGAGCAGAACACAACCUGCGCCUGCGCGUCGCGAUUCGCCGUUUCUGUGUAUGCGUGUGAUGUCAUCUUGAGCUUCUGCGCAUGCUCGAGCAGCGAAACCCGGAAGUAACCCUUUCCGGUACUUCCGGGUCGCCGCAGGAUGCAACCUGAAAACGCUCAACCUGAAGCAAACGCAACAUAAGGUAUGACUGUAUUGGCGAAGACAGAAUCUCCCCCUCUCUCUUUGAUUGGUGCGUUCAGGUUUCCCUCUUGCCUUUGAAGCUGGCUCUGAAGUUUUGCGAAGUCGUUUGUACCUUACUCGAGUCACAAACGCCUUAAACCUGGGCUAGUAAGUUGGGUGAGGAGAAAGGGAGCUCUGUUGUCAGGAGGUUCAAACUGGAUUUGUGACUCAACUAACUGAACCACAGCUGCUGCGGGGAGACUUUCUCAAAAGGAAGAAGGGAAUUAACCUUUUCGUCUGCUUUGCCUCCAGCCUGGAUAGUUCAGCAGAAGCAUUUCCUGUUUGGCCUGGGAGCGCCAGGAAAAUAAACUGCCAAGGCCUCUCCCUCCAGUUAAAUAAUACUCUCCCACCUCGUAAUCCUGCUGCUGCUGAAGCAUUUGUGCUUGUGGCAUAUUGUGCCAAUGAGAAAGGAAACUUGAGGACUUGUAGGAGCUUUCCAAGCCAUGGGACGGAGCUCAGUGGAUAGGAAGGUUCAGGACAGGCAAAAGAAAGAGUUUUCACACAGCACACAGUUGAUCUUUGAUUCUUCUUGUGUUUUUAUGCCUCAAUUGCCAAGGUGAGUGUUUGCCAUUAAUGCUGUCACAGCUAAUGCACCACCAGAGAACUGAGUUGCCAUUUAUUUUCCUGAUUUGUAUAUUUAAUUCAUUGUGCAUAUCCCAGGCUUGUUUUUUUUAUAAAAAAAUUAAUCCCUAAAAAUUCCAGCACUACUCUCUCUCUCUCUGUCUCUCUCUCUCUCUCUCUCUCUCUCUCUCUCUCUUUGUGUGUGUGUGUGUGUGUGUGUGUGUGUGCAUAUGCAUGUUGGACUGGUGUUGUUGUUUUUUAAAAAACAAACAAACACCAAUCUUGUGACAAACAAGUUUUGAAUGCUCACAAAGAAAGUUAUUAAAACCAGAACUCUAAACACUGA